AUGGGAUCGGAGGGGAGAAAGUCGGUGAUCAUUAAUGUGACAGGAUUCAAGAAAUUUCACGGGGUUGCCGAAAAUCCCACCGAGUACAUUGUCAAUAACUUGCAAAAUUAUGUUCAGAAGAGGGGACUGCCAGCUGGUGUUAAACUUGGAAGUUGCCUUGUUCUCGAGACAGCUGGAGAUGGUGCGCUUCCUAUGCUUUACCAGGUCAUGGAAUCAGGAAUUCCUGCGGCCAACAGUUUCAAUGGCGAUCAAGUUGUUUGGCUUCAUCUGGGGGUAAAUAGCGGGUCUUUAAAAUUUGCCAUUGAGCAACAAGCUGUAAAUGAAGCAACUUUUCGUUGUCCUGAUGAAAUGGGAUGGCAACCUCAGCAAUUGGCCAUAGUUCCUGGAGAUGGAGCUAUAUCUCAAGCUAGAAAGACAUCUUGCUUGAUUGAAGAAAUCCUAGAGUACUUGAAGAAGGGGGGAUAUGAUGUGAUGAUGUCUAAUGACGCGGGCCGUUUUGUUUGCAAUUUUGUGUACUACCAUUCGCUCCGUUACGCAGAGGAGAAAGAUAAAGUUAGAGGUGAUGAUCAUGAGACAAGGUUGUCUGAGGAGGCCGAAAUUAUAAGGAAACUUGAGAGUUUCGAUGUCGAGAUAGACGAGGAUGAUGAAGUUGAUGAUGUGUUCUUUGAGGAGUCAUUCUGGACAAGUUCAAAAGCUAACAAGGUGUUAGUCAAUGUGGAUACAUUUGGUGCUGUUGGAGAUGGUGUUGCAGAUGAUACCAAUGCCUUUGUAAAUGCAUGGAAACAAGCUUGUACUACACCAAGAGCAGUGUUUUUGGUUCCUCAAGGAAGACGUUAUUUGGUGAAUGCUACAAGAUUCAAAGGGCCCUGUGACGACAAGCUACUGAUCCAGAUCGAUGGCACAAUUGUAGCUCCUGAUGACCCCAAAACCUGGGAUCCAAAAAACCCCAGAAACUGGCUUGGAUUUUACAACCUCAGCAGAGUUAGGUUCCAAGGAAGUGGAGUGAUUGAUGGAUCAGGAAGCAAAUGGUGGGCUGCUUCCUGCAAAAGGAACAAAACUAAUCCUUGUAGAGGAGCUCCAACGGCGCUAACAAUAGAUUCGAGCUCGGCAGUGAGGGUAAAAGGCCUAACGAUUCAGAACAGCCAGCAGAUGCACUUUGUCAUUUCAAGAUCAAACUCAGUUCGCGUGACUGGCGUCAAAGUAACUGCACCCGAAGACAGUCCCAAUACAGAUGGGAUUCACAUCACCGAAUCGACAAACGUUGUACUUCAGAACUGCAAAAUUGGAACAGGUGAUGAUUGCGUAUCGAUUGUCAACGGCAGCUCUAACAUCAAGAUGAAGACUAUAUAUUGUGGACCUGGUCAUGGCAUAAGCAUCGGAAGCCUUGGAAAAGACAACUCUGUUGGCAUUGUGACAAAGGUGGUUUUGGAUACGGCCUUCCUUCGAGGCACUACCAAUGGUCUCCGAAUCAAGACUUGGCAGGGAGGAUCUGGAUAUGUUCAAGCAGUACGCUACCAAAAUGUGAUGGUAGAAGAUGUUGCUAAUCCCAUAAUCAUCGAUCAAUUCUAUUGUGAUUCCCCGGUUUCUUGCAAAAACCAGACGUCGGCCGUGCAAAUAAGUGAAAUAAUGUACCAGAACAUUAGUGGGACUUCAAAGAGCAAAGAGGCUAUGAAAUUUGCAUGCAGUGACACAGUUCCUUGCAGCCACAUUGUCCUGAAUAACAUCAACUUAGAAGGCAAGGAUGGCAGUGCUCAGACUUACUGUAACUCCGCCGUCGGAAUCGGUUACGGAUAUAUUCAACCUUCUGCAGAAUGUCUGACCUCAUCUGACAAGGGAAUCAUCACCAAGAAACCGGAAGAACCUGAGCAUCUCGUUCAUACUGAACUAUAA